AUGAAGAUCCGUCUAAUCAAAGAGGCUGUCAUCAAACCUAUUCUCAUCGUGUCCACCAAAGAUGCAGUGAUCUCCACCAACGUCUCCCACCGAGGGUCCACGGUUGCCGACUUCCCCCACCAAAAUGAAAUGGAAACCCUAAUUUCAAAUUAUCGUGUAUUCGAGAUCCGUACAACGAGUAAAUAUGUUGUCACCACCAUCACCUACAAUUGCUAUCAUCGAGCUCUCUUUUUUCUUACUAAUUUCACCCCAUUAUCAUUUAUCCUCUGUAACCGUCAUCAUCUGUCGACGAAGAUCAGAAACUACAAGCACAAUCAUGCCCUGAACACCGAACAGGGUAAUUUCUGA